AUGCAUCCAUUGAUGCAGCCAGAAGCCAUCUUCCUAAAUAUUGCAAUAUUCCUGAGUCCUUAUUUCCAACCAGUUUACUCCAUGGAAAAUCAAACUCUUAAAGCUUGUGACAGUGUUGAAUGCAAGGUGGAAGGAAAUGAUUGUACAAACAUCAAGGAACUAUUUCCCAGUGCUUCAAGUGAUGUCUAUAUGAUUCAGCCAAUAGGAAAAUCCAAGCCAUUUAAGGUAUUUUGUGACAUGAAGGAUGAUGGAGGUUGGACUGUACUCCAGAUUAGAAAUGGUUUAGAUUCCCUGAAUUUUCAAAAAAGUUGGGCUGAGUACAAGAAGGGAUUUGGACAUCCAAGCUGUGAGCAUUGGCUGGGACUGGAAAACAUUUACUCACUGACUAACCAGGCAGACAAGAAAUUUAAACUUCGUGUAGAAUUAAAGGAUUUUGAAGACAACAGCGCACAUGCAGAAUAUUCUGAAUUCUGGAUUGACAAUGAAACAGAAUUUUACAGACUUCACCUGGGAAAUUACUCAGGAAAUGCAGGUGAUGCUUUCAGAGGAUCAGGACCCCCAGAAGAUGAUCAAAAUGGUCACAUGUUCAGUACUUAUGACCAGGAUAAUGAUGAUUGCAAACCUUGCAUCUUUGGUGACAUUGCAAUUGAAAGUUGUAGUGCUAUGCUUGGUAGUGGAUGGUGGUUCAGUCAAUGUGGAAUGGCAGAUUUAAACGGGGACUGGCAUUCAAAAGAUAAUAAUAUUGGCUGGCUGUCUGGACUAUACUGGAAAACCUGGAAACAGGUGCCAUAUUCAUUCCAAGUCAGUAAGUUAAAAGUUAGAUCCGUGUAAAUUUGUUAAUACAACUAGUGGGUGACUUAUAUGAACAAUAAAACUUACAUUGUUCCACGUGUUACAACUUUUACCUAAUUCUUGUUAUCCAAGCAGAUUUUAAACAGAUGUUACAAAUAAAUUGUAAAUUUACUCAUGAUUAAAAUGUGUAAUUUAAAUAUUUUGAUUUAAAGUAAAAGAAGUUAACAAACAAAACAGGAAAUACUGGUUAUACUAAGCAGGUGAGGCAACAUCUAUGAAGGAAGAAACAGAGUUAAUGUUUCGGCUUAGUGGCAUUUCAUCAGAAGUUCUGAAUAUAGGUCAUCAACCUUAAACAUUAACUGUGUUUUUACAGAUCUUGCUUGAUCUAUUGGGUAUUCCCAGCAUCGUGUUUUUAUUCAGAAUUUUUUGUAUCUGCAGUAUUUUGCUUUAAUAUUUGCAACUUGUUGUAUAGUCUCACAGAUAUAACUUGCUGAUCAAGUAAGAACAAUUAUGGCUAACAUCAGUGUUUUUGCAAAAAUAAAGAAAUACAGAAAUCA